UUUUUUUUUUUCCUUUCUUCUUUUUCUAUUUUCCUUUCUUUUAGAACUUGUUUUGCGAUUAGAUACUAGGAUUCAACUACUACUAGUCACAUUACAUUUACAGCAGCUUAUUUUACUUCAUGAUACCAAUGACUCGACCUGUAUCUUCCUCUUUAUACCCAUCUCGUCGACAAUAUAGGAAUAUCUCUUCAUUGCAAAAUGUCCAAGCAGAAAAAAAUGAAACUUCUUCGGUAGCUAUUCAAGAAGCUAUAUCCUGUACCCCUUUUUAUAACAAGAAAAAUACAUGUUCUUCUUUCACCACCAAGCUGAAUAGUAUGUUACAGAACUUUUAUACAAAAACAGCGUUGAUCAUCAUACAAGCAAGGCUAGUUACUUCAAGAACAGAUAGACUCAACAAAUGGUUUUCAUUGACAAUGACAGAUAUAUUAUCUCUUCGAAAUGAAUUACGUUUUUGGCAAUCAAGAGCUGUCUAUCCAUGUGAAAAGUGUCCUCCUGCUAUGAUCAUUCAUAUUUAUUUGGACACAACUCAUCUUAGUUUGGAACAAAUACAAAAUAUUAUGAAGGAUUAUAUGCAUCAUCACCGGUUCAAUCGAGCAUAUGAUAAAAAAAAGAUUAUUUUGGAAUCUUGGACUCUAACUUGCAAGCAGGCUGCAUCAUCUGAUGAUUCAACGACAUUUGAUUUACCUAGUUUAUAUAAACAAUUCAUUACCUACUUUCGUGCUCUGCAUUCGCUUACUCGUCUUCUUCCUGGAUGUUUACUCUUCCGACAAUUACAAAAAGAAGGAACAUUUGGUUUAUGUUAUAGAUUAGGGACCGACAUGAAUUCAUUUCUUCAUGAUGAAUUGAACCCAGACAGUGGAUCUCUUCUGCGAUCAGCAGUGUAUGAAUUCUCAGAUAUCGAUACUCCAAUAGGUACAUUACAAUUAAAAGUUCACUAUCGAAUCACAGAUCGGAUGAAUGGUGAUUACAGUAUACUUGCAACCGAAAGGAAAGAAAAUGUACGAUCUUGUCGACAACGACAACCUAUACUACCUAGAUCACAGUCAAGUCCAUUAUUACAACAUCAACGUAAGAUACCUAUUUUGCAUGACAAUGAUACCUGGGCGGUAACAAAAGAUGAACAAGAAUGGAAUACAGUUUCGACAUAUGGACAGGAUUCAUCGACAUGUUAUCGACUUUCAAGAAAAUCAUCAUCAUCGUCAUCAUCAUCAUCAACAUCGUCAAGGAAAGCAUCAACGCUUUGCAUCUCACCCUUCAAGUCUCCUUCACUUUCUUCAGCAUCCACUUUAACUACAUCUACCAUGUCCAACCAUAUUCCGAUAGUUGAAAAAUCAAAGUCAUCUUCUAUUACUGAAAGCAGCAAGACACCAUCUGGCAGCUUUUUAUCAAGUUUUCAAAAAUGCAAGACAACCAAAAGCUACAUGUCAAGACAAAACACAAUAGAUAGGCGAACACACAAAACUUCUUUGGAGAAAAUGAAUCAAAUGCUGGACAUGGAUGAUGAAUUUGAAAAGUUUGUACGACUUAUCAACACAAAGCACGAACUCAAGUUAUGCCAGGGAAACAAGUCAAUGGAGAAUAUACGAUCCGAUAUGAAAUGUUGCAAUAACGAUAGUGCAGUAUGUGCUCAUUAUCAAGAUCUUUCAACGCGCAAUGAUAUGAGUGAUUCUUUGACAAUUGGAAAUGAUACAUGUCAACGGUUCGAGACUACCCUUGGACGUUUCCUUGCUCUUCGAUGCGGACAUAGUGACCUUGAAGAAUCCAUGACUAGCAAUAUCGCAACCACAACUAGUUUCUCCUCACCAUCACAUUCCAUGUUUUCGACUACCACCACCACUACAACACCAUCACUAGACCAUACAUCAGUAUCUUCAACAUUGGCUUUACCAUCCGCCUCCAGCUUCAAUACUAUCACAACCAAAAAUAUCGAUCAUUUUAUAGUAGAUGAUUCCCAACAGCAGAAACUACAACAGUCUUACCCUUCUCAACAAAUGGAUACUUUGGAAGAAGAACAAGAAUUGGAUGAUGUUUGAAAUAGGAUAGAUAGUUUAGUCUGUUUGAUGCUUUAUUACCAAUAUAAGAUAUGUCCAAAGUUUAAAUUUGUAACAAGAAGGAUGAUUUGUUCAUGUAGUACAUGGGAGUCAAUUAGGGAUUCAACACGUGGUUUAUUUGGAAAAUAAAACUAUGCUUUUUUUUUAAUUUUGAC